AUGUCGGUUCCUCCAUCGCCCUCCCGCCCCACUUCAGCUCCCAUUCGUUUAUUAUUCCUCCUUUCCUGCUGUAUCUCAACAGGUCUUGGUGCUACUCUGAAUGUUGCAAAACCUAAGAAGGGUCAAUCUGUAGCUAUUUUUGGGUUGGGAGCCGUUGGCCUUGCGGCUGCCGAAGGUGCAAGGAUAGCUGGGGCUUCAAGGAUCAUUGGUAUUGAUCUGAACCCGAGCAGGUUCAACGAAGCUAAGAACUUCGGUGUUACUGAGUUUGUGAAUCCAAAAGAUUAUGACAAGCCCGUACAAGAGGUGAUCGCUGAGAUGACCAAUGGAGGAGUUGACAGGAGUCUUGAAUGCAGUGGAAGCAUUCAGGCCAUGAUCUCAGCGUUUGAAUGUGUUGACGAUGGUUGGGGUGUUGCUGUACUUGUUGGUGUACCAAACAAAGAUGACGCAUUCAAAACACAUCCUAUGAACUUUUUGAACGAAAGAACUCUCAAGGGUACCUUCUUUGGCAACUACAAGCCGCGCACUGAUAUUCCUGGCGUAGUCGAAAAAUACAUGAACAAGGAGCUAGAGCUGGAGAAGUUCAUUACUCACACGGUGUCGUUCUCGGAGAUUAACAAAGCCUUUGAUUACAUGCUGAAAGGAGAAAGCCUUAGGUGCGUCAUUCGCAUGGAUGGUUAG